UAUCACGUUCCAUGUUCAUUGGUCAGUGAUCAUGCAUGGGAUGACCUGAAUUGGUAAUAACACAUCACAUCUCUUCCGUCACAUUUGUUUCGUCAUCCUGCACAGUUGGAUUUGCUCAGCUUAUCGAUGCAAUCUACUUGGAUGUAAAAUUCCGUGACCGGCGUGCUAGUUUGAGCUAAUCCGAGUGACUUUUAAAUGUAAUGGACAUAUGACUGUCCCUCGCAUAUCAUUAAUAGGUACCUAAUUACUAAAAUACGAAACUUACAACGGAUACAGCCAGGCAUGACCACAGGCAACCGAUUUCGAAAAAAACUGAUUUUAGCUUAGCAUAUAUUCCCAAAGAAAGUUCACUCGUAAGCCAAAACUUUUGCAAUAAUCUCUGAAUUACCAUAUAAGGUAUAGUUAGCCAGCCGACCACAUAGCGCUAACCUCCCCCCCCCCCCUCUUCCCGCCGUCGCCGUCUGUUGUCGGAUUGGGAGCCCCUGGUCGGAUGACGGUCGGGGCUGCCCGCCGCGGCCGAGACGACAGAAGGCGGGGCACCGCCGCCCGGCCGCAGCCGCCGCCGGCUGAACCACGCACUGUGCGUGUGACGCCCGGCGCGAGGGGAGGCAGUCGCAGCGCGCUCUGUGGAGGAGUGGCCACGCGGUCAGCUGUGGGGGUGAGAUUGGAAGGAAGGAGUUGGGAGAGGUUUGUGGUGAGUGGAACUGAAGAGUGAAGUGUGAAUGGUGAACUGAUACGAGCGAGUGACGAGAAGGGGACUGAGAGACAGUGUGAUUAGUGGGGAGUUCGAACGAGCGACUGAACGACGGGAGUGAGAGGAGUCGGGAAGACGGAUAGCAGGCACUUGCCGCCGCCGCCUCGACCAUGAGUCGUCGCAAGGAGCGCCUGAAGGGUCUCCAUCCGACCCGAGUGGCGUCCCCCUUUCCUCUGCUGCCGGUGCGACGGGAAACGCCUGGAGGCAGCGCUCAAAUGAACGGCCAAAUGGACGGGACGUCUCGACACGACCCUCAGUAUUCGGAGGGACCGGGCAGAGGCUGGACUGCGACCGACAAUCAUAUGCUGCACCCGGCACAGGCGGCGUACUCGGCACACGGUGGUGUCAACAACAACUCACCGGCACGACCCAGCUCGGGGGUGUACGAGAACGUGGCCGCCAAGCUCGCGCGCCGCCGCUCCCAGCCGUGGGCCGAGCAGGGAGCCGCCGAUCCACAGGCCUGGACGGGUGAGCCGGCCGGCCGCCGCGGCGCUCCGCCAAAGCCGCCUCUUCCGGAGAGACCGAGACACCUCCGACUACCGGCGCGACCGGAUCCACACCGAGUCUACCCCGCCGGAGUGCCCAUGGGGAUACCGACCGGAGUGCCCACCGGAGUGCCCGUGGGAGUGCCGGUACUGCCCUCGGUACCGCAGAGAGGAGGCCUUAGUGAUGUUCCGGAGCCUCCGCGCACCAUCGCGGCUUCUUGGGCGCAGGAGCUGACCCUCCGCGGAGGCCCGCCGCCGUCACUGCCCGCCCUCCAGCAGGCGUCUCCAGCAGCGCUGCUCUUUGCCAGGGCGGCGCAGAUGCGGCUCUCCUCCCCGCACAAGAAGCGGCGUCACCGAGACACAGAGGAGGAACCGACGACGGGCUUCAGCGCCGUGCUGCGACGGGAGCCGCCGCCGCUGCCGGCCGCCCUCCAGCGCCGCCUGGGUACGCCGCAGGAGAGCACCGGACUCGGCAAGGUGCGCGUGCUGCUGCGGGUGCGGAAGUCGCAGCCGUCGUCCCACUUCAGCGUGGACCCGCGGAAGAAGCAGGUGACCCUGUUCGACCCAGCGGCAGCGGCCGCCGCGAACUCGGCGCCCGAAGGACGUCGACUCGGCGUGGCCGCGCCCAAGAUGUUCGCCUUUGACGGCGUCUACGACUUUGACGACCCACAGAGCGAGGUCUGCACAAGUGCCUUGGUAGACGUGGUCCAUGCGGUGAUCAACGGCAAUGACGGAUGCGUGCUGUGUCUGGGACAGUCCAAAACAGGCAAGACGACCACAAUGCUGGGCGGCAGCGGCUCGGGAGACCAGCUGGGUGUGAUCCCCACAGCUAUCUCCUGGCUGUACCGCGGCAUCGGCGAACAGAAGCAGAAGAGCGGCGCGCGGUUCUCCGUACGCGUCUCAGCCGUGCAGAUCGCAGGAGCGGCCGAGAACCUGCGAGACCUGCUCAAAGACCACGCCAAAGACACGGACCAGUCGCCGGGGGUGUACCUGCGCGAGGACCCGGUCCUGGGCAGUCAGCUGCAGAACCAGUCUGAGAUCCGAGCAGAGACCGCUGAGAAGGCGGCGCUGUUCCUGGACACCGCGGCGGCCGCCCGAGCCGCCGGAGAGGACGGGGGCCGCAGCUCGCACCUCCUGUAUACACUGCAUGUGUUCCAGUACAGCGUCAAGUCGGACAAGAGUAGUGGAGUGACGGGAGGACGCAGCCGACUGCACCUGUUUGACCUGGGCAGCUUCGAGAAGACCAAGGUGUCAGGUCUGACGCUCUCCGCCGUCGGAAAUGUCAUCGUCUCCAUCUUCAACGCGCACAAACACCUUCCGUGCAGGGACAGCAAGCUGGUCCACCUGUUCAGAGAAGCCAUGGGCUCGCUGACCUGCCAGACGACAAUCGUGGCGCACGUUAGCACAGACGCGGCGCUGUACGCGGAGACGCUCACCACUGUUCAACUGGCCAGUCGGAUUCACAGGAUGAGACGGCGCCGGAUCAAGCCGCACGGCUCCUCCGGCUCCGGAGGUUCCGCUGAGGAGAACCGACCGGGCCGUCUGCGCAGCUCCGGAGAGGAAUCCUCGGGCCGCUCCUCUUCCGACGUGGACCCGUCCAGCUCGGAACAGUCUGCCGACACAGUCAUCUACAUGGGCCCCGGAGCGGACGAGUGUACUGACGGCGAGCACCCGCCCGUUUACAUUCCCAGUCUGACCAGCGACAACCGAGCCGCUAUGGGGAAGGCGUUGAAGGGCUCCAGCGCGGAGGGUACCAAGUGUCGCAGUCCGGCCAGGACCACGCACAGUGCCUCAUCGACCCCCACGCACCGACCUCCGGCGGCAGCUGCAGCGGCGGCGCCCUUCUCACCUCAGCACAGGGCGGCCGAGAAACUCACCGGCGCCGUAUCCAAGAGUCCGCAGAUCAAGCGGAAGGGCCACGACCCACGUCACGCCGGCGGUGCGGCCGGGGAGAAGGCGACGCCCUCCUCCGGCGGACAGGAGCAGUGGGUGGACGGGCCGCGCUUCUCCCGCUCCCGGAUCGCCGAGGCACACAAGAUCAAAACUCGUCAGGAGACGUGGAUUGACGGACCCUCUGGAGAGUCCCGCCCGCCUCCCGCUGCCAUGCCCAGCGCCGGAGCGGCAGCCGGGGCGGCGGUGGGAGCCAUCCCCAAGACAGCGCGGCCGGGCGGUCGGCCGGCGCCCGCCGCGCAGGGGUACGGCUUCAUGGACGACCACAAGAAGUCGAUGAUUACCCGCUGGGUGGAGCACCAGAUAGAAGCAGUCACCACCAAGAAACGCACAAAGUCGGAGGAGGCGGCCCACCGCGCCGCCGGCCAGUAUAGGGAGAUGACUCAGUUUAAAACACAAGACGACGAGCCGGUGGAAGCCAAGAUUAUGACGCAGUUCAAGACACAGGACUCGGGCGAGGAGAGCAGUCCCCUGCCGGAGCGACACCCGCGCGCGGCGGCCGCGAGACGGGUAUCGCCAGAGAUGGGCGCCUCCAGCACUCUGCCCAGACAGAAGUCCCGUUCGUCUGCGGAGAAGGAGUCGUCCCCUCCUGUCGCUGCCGCAGUACCGGCGGCAGUAGCGGAGAAGGCAGCUCCAGCUCCCAGCGUGGCUCCGCGGCCGGCGGCUGAGGUCCCUCGGCGGCCUACGGAGCCUGCAGAGGAGAGCACCCCGACCCUGGACGAGAUCUGCGCCCAGUGCGAGCACCUAGUGGACGUACUCUGUCAGGAGGGCCAGGCCGCCCGGCCGGCCGCCGCCGCUAGGGACGACUCGCCGCCUGACGGCAGUAACGCCGGUCCGUCAGAUGGCAGGAGUGUCGCACCGGUCGGCGGCCGGACCUCAGCACUCACGGUGGCACAUGAUACUAGGGUGGUGGCUGAUGCCGCUCAGAACACGGACGAGGCGGACAGUAUGUCGGAGGAGUGCUCCGAGCCGGACAAGCAGCCCUCCAGCUCCUCCAGCUCGGAUGUCGCCCGCGGCGAGAUCAUUGAGGUGGAGGAGCGCGACGAGCCGGUGCCCAUGGCCGACUCGUGUGUGCAGGUAACCGAGGAGGACAUUGCCCGCUGUUUGGGUCUGCCGCCGCGGCCGCCGCUACUGACAGCCCCGGAACUCGAUGAAAGCGGCCACCCGCUGCGCGCCCUCAGCGAGGAGAACCUUACCUCUGCAUCGAGCUUCUCCGAAACAUACACUCUGCGCGGCGGCUCCGACUGCGACCCUCUGUACGACGUGCCCGGCUCGUGCGGCACUAACCCGCUCAACAUGCUGGAGAUACCCGACUACGACCGGCUGUGUGACGACCUCAGCCUGACCAACCACCGCCUGGAGAAAAUCAGCAGGCUGCACGAUUUCUACCGAGGCCUGGCGUCGCAGCCGCCGCUGCCUCCGCCUCAGAGCACCCCGCUCAUCACCGAGCUGUUUGGCGGAGACCGCAGCGAGACAAACAGCGUGUGUAGUGAGCCUGUCCGGCCCGUGGCGUGUCUCCACUGCAAGACUCUCAAAAAGACCGACUCUCUGCGCCAUGGCAACUACGUGAAGAGCAUCAAGGACUGGCUGGCGCUGCUGCCUGACCUGGAGAGCGAAGGCGAGGAGUACAUCUGUGAUAGCUGUCGACAGAAACAGAACGAGGAGCUCGACCAGAUCGGUGACGACUUCGAGAUCCAGAGCGACAUCACACCCUACCUGCCGACCUUCUCCAACCUAUCUUCACUGCGUCACCCGGACGGAGCGUCCAACCCGAACCUCUCCAAACACGACAGCCUGGUGCUGGACGACGAGCCCCCUCCACCGGCGCCGGCCCCCGCGACCGGCACCUCUCCGCUACAGCCGCCGUCGGCGGCGCCCGACCGGCUCGACGAGCGACUGCCGGGGAACGGAGCCUCUGGGUCGGAUGAGGAAGCGGGUAGUGGCGGUAGGGCGCCGCCGAGGACCGUGCCAGAGGUCCUCCCGGAGCGCAGCAGUGAGAGGGGCUCGGCCGAGCCGCCCCUCGCUCCUCAGACGGGAGGGACGGAGGAGCGGCGUGCCAGCGCGGCGACGGAGCAGCCGGCGAUGGUCAAACCCAAGGGCAGUCGCCUGGGACGGCUGUUCGGCCGGGGCCGCAGCGCCUCGCGCAGUCCCUCCAAACUGGCCAAAGGCCGCUACGUGAGCGCUGAGGUGUGUGGCUCCAUCUGCUCACCACGCUACCCAGAGCGCGGUCUCAAGAAGGACAAGAAGACUGACAAGAAGGCCGCCGAAGACCGCAAGAAGACCAAAGAGCGUGAUCGGAAGCCGCGCAGUGAGUCGGUCUCAUCAGGCACCGAGGCGGCGCGAGGUCGGUCCGACCGCGUGCCCUCGCUGAUCUCCGGCAAACCGGACCGUACAGCGCGGCGAGCGGACGAGAAAACCCCCGACUGGCAGCAGCGCGGCGGCGCUGGGCACCGCGAGAAGUACAACUUCAGCUGCGACACCACGCUGCCGGCCUUCCUGCCGAACGUCUCCAGUGGCUAUGACAGCGGCAACGACUCCGGCAUCGGUCUGAGGAAGUCGCAGAAGAAGCGGAAGGCGGCGGAGAGCGCCGGCUACGAGAGCGCGCUGCCACCCAGCGAGUGUUCGAGUCUCGAGUCCAGUCAGGAGUCGGAGGAGGAGCCGCGACUCAACAGGAAAAACGGCCAGGUGCAGGCAGGCUCGCCGGCGCACAAGGCCAGUUCCCGUCGGGACUCUGAGAGCCGCCACCCGCAGGGCCGGCUGGCCAGGGUCGGUGACCCCAGUGAUAGCCUCCGGGCAGAAAUCACCGCAAAGGCGGCUGCCAAGAAGACGUGGGCCUCCGGUGGUAUUCCAGUGUUCUCGCGACUCUGGCACCGCAAAUCGAGCAAGUUGCCGCCUCGGGGCCCGCCAGUGUGAUGGUCGCGGAGUCUCAGUAAUCUCACUGUGCGCCGCCCGACCGCGACAGAUGGCCGCGAGGGCGGUCUCAGAGGGUCGUGAGGGACGAGGAGCGACUCAGUGACUUAUGUACGACUCGUAGACUCAGUGACUCACGACUCAAUGACUGAGCAGCCGUACGACUUGCUGUGAGUCAGUGAAUCAGGUGACUGACACAACUUAGUGACUGAGCAGCGCACUGACUCAGCGGCUGGUUCAGUCUCAAUGACUGAGCCGCUGUGAGUCUUACCGGCUCAUUGACUGAAUGACUCAUUGACUUAGUGACUAAGUGAUUCACUGGCUCAGCCCAGAACGAGUCUCGGUCGCCGCGCGCCGGCCGGCGACUCUGUGAAGCGGACGUGAUAGCUGUACCGUUGCCGCGCGGUGGCCGCGCCGAUGUGUACAGCGUUGAACUCUGGCAGUGAUCUCGUUAUACAGUAGUCACCGAGGGUGUCACAGACGCCCCCAGGGUGCCCGCCGCAGCGGCGGACCCCGUGCCCCCUCCAGUCGCGCGCGCCGUUCCAUUCGUUCCGUUUAGUUGCUGAGUUCGAGGCUGGUGUAUUCUGAUGGGUCGGUCGGUAGGGCGACCGCGAGGCUUGGCGAUAUAUGUGCAGUGCGAACGCGCCGAUGUAGUAUUUAUAAUUUUCUAUUUUGUACAUAAUCUGGAUCGAAUAAACAAUGCUUAUUACCCGUUA